CCCUCCCUCCCUCCGCCUCUACGGAUGCUGCAGUAAAGUUGGCCGCGCCUGCGCAGUUUCGGUCCUCUUUUUCUUGGAAGCACCCCUGACCCAUCGCACCAUGGCAGAUUCCGAUCUUGACUUCCAGACUGGCGAGUCUGGCGCCUCCGCCACCUACCCCAUGCAGUGCUCUGCUCUGCGUAAGAACGGGUACGUGGUGCUGAAGAACCGCCCCUGCAAAAUUGUGGAGAUGUCCACCUCCAAGACCGGCAAGCACGGACAUGCUAAGGUUAACCUGGUUGGUAUCGACAUCUUCACCAACAAGAAGCAUGAAGAUAUGUGCCCCUCCACCCACAACAUGGAUGUUCCCUCUAUCAAGAGGUUAGACUACCAGCUGGUUAACAUCAAUGAGGGCUACAUGUCCCUGAUGGCGGACAACGGUGACAUCAGGGAGGACCUGCGUGUCCCUGAAAACGAAGUCGGCAAGGAAAUCGAGUCAAAGUUUGAAGCCGGUGAUGAAUUCAUGGUCACCGUGAUUUCUGCCAUGGGGGAGGAAUGUGCUGUCGCUACCAAGGUCUUGGCCAACAAAUAGGGAGACGGACUUUGCUGCCCAGGCAACAAGCACCACCCACAACCAGUCUCUUGCAUUCUCAUUGGUUCUGUCACCAAAGCGUCGGCCUUCACAGACAACCUCAAUCAUUCUGUUGUGAUUUCUCUCAUCAUUGAUCUUUUGUUUUGUUUUUCUCCCCUUUUUCGUUUCUCUUUUCCAUUGCUGUUGGGGAUCGUUCCACUGCAGCUCGCUGCGUGGUCCUCUGCCUGAUCACUGAGGUUUUGUUUGGUAACAAUCUACUUUAUAUAAAACAACUUCAAAAAUAA